AGCUCGUGUUUUUACACUUUCAAGAGCUGGCCACACUGAGUUAAGUGUGUCAUCGUCAUCCGCCCCAGCAGCAUUAAAUUGAGUUGACAGCAGUAAUAAAUGUGUUUCUAACUCAGUAUCGGUGGUGAACGAAAUUAAACAAACGGGGCGCCAUCAACAAAAUGAGGCUGAAAAGUUAUACGAAGGCAGCCUCAGCAGCCGCAACAACAGCGACAACGACAAUUUACCUCAUCUUCCUGCUAAGCAGCAACAGCGUAGGAAAUGUGCAAGCAGAUGCCUUCAGUGAUUACUUCUCCGACUAUGAAUGCAACCAGCAGCUAAUGGAGCGAGCCGCUUUAACAGCUACCUCAUCGCUAAACGAUCGUGGUCCGGAAAAGGCCCGUUUAAAUGGAAAUGCUGCUUGGACACCAGUUGAGAAUACCUAUAAUCAUUUUCUAACACUCGAUUUGGGUGAGCCGCGUAUGGUUCGCAAGAUCGCGACUAUGGGACGCAUGCACACUGAUGAAUUUGUUACGGAAUAUAUUGUACAAUAUUCCGAUGAUGGUGAAUUUUGGCGUUCGUACGUUAAUCCUACUAGCGAACCGCAGAUGUUCAAAGGCAAUUCAGAUGGCAAUUCCAUACACUACAAUGUUUUCGAAGUGCCCAUUAUAGCACAAUGGGUUCGCAUUAAUCCCACACGCUGGCAUGAUCGAAUUUCGAUGCGUGUUGAGCUCUAUGGUUGUGAUUAUAUUUCGGAGAAUUUGUAUUUCAAUGGCACUGGAUUGGUACGCUAUGAUCUGCGACGUGAGCCAAUUACCUCGACCCGGGAAUCCAUACGUUUUCGCUUCAAGACGGCAUUCGCCAACGGCGUUUUAAUGUACUCGCGAGGAACUCAGGGCGAUUACUAUGCCCUUCAAUUGAAGGAUAACAAAAUGAUAUUGAAUUUGGAUUUGGGCUCAAACGUAAUGACCUCCCUGUCUGUGGGUAGUCUGCUUGAUGAUAAUGUUUGGCAUGAUGUGGUUAUAUCGCGUAAUCGUCGUGACAUAAUCUUCUCUGUGGAUCGUGUGAUAGUACGUGGAAAGAUAAAGGGUGAAUUUAGUCGUCUGAAUUUGAAUCGGGAAUUGUAUUUGGGCGGCGUACCCAAUGUCCAGGAGGGUCUUAUUGUUCAGCAAAAUUUCUCCGGUUGCAUGGAAAAUCUUUAUUUGAAUUCCACCAACUUUAUUCGCAACAUGAAGGAUAGCUAUGAAUUGGGCGAGGCCUAUCUGUAUCAGAAGGUUAAUACCAUCUAUGCCUGUCCCUCACCACCCAUUUAUCCAGUGACCUUUACCACACGUGGCUCCUAUGUACGCCUUAAGGGAUACGAGAACUCGCAACGAUUGAAUGUUUCCUUCUACUUCCGUACCUAUGAGGAGAGUGGCGUGAUGUUACAUCAUGAUUUCUAUAGUGGUGGCUAUAUCAAAGUUUUCCUCGAGUUUGGUAAAGUAAAGAUUGAUUUGAAACCAAAAGACAAGCCCAGAAUCAUAUUGGAUAACUAUGAUGAACAAUUCAAUGAUGGCAAAUGGCAUUCGUUUGUGAUAUCGAUUGAGAGAAAUCGUCUGAUCCUAAAUAUUGAUCAGCGACCGAUGACUACCACAAAGAAUCUGCAAAUAGCUACUGGGCGUCUCUACUAUAUAGCUGGUGGCAAAGAGAAAAACGGUUUUGUCGGCUGCAUGCGUUUAAUUUCCGUCGAUGGCAAUUAUAAGCUACCCCAGGAUUGGGUCCAAGGCGAAGAGGUGUGUUGUGGCGAUGAUGUCGUCGUCGAUGCCUGCCAAAUGAUUGAUCGUUGCAAUCCAAAUCCCUGCCAGCACAAGGGUAUUUGCCAUCAGAACUCAAGGGAAUUCUUCUGCGACUGCGCUCAAACUGGCUAUGCAGGAGCUGUUUGUCACACUUCCAACAAUCCGCUAUCCUGUCAAGCUCUUAAGAAUGUCCAGCAUGUACAGCAGCGUGUCAAUCUUCAGAUUGACGUUGAUGGCAGUGGUCCAUUGGAACCAUUCCCUGUAACUUGUGAAUUUUAUUCGGACGGCCGUGUGAUAACAACCUUGAGUCAUAGCCAGGAGCAUACCACCACUGUGGAUGGCUUCCAGGAGCCUGGAUCAUUCGAGCAAUCAAUUAUGUACGAUGCCAAUCAAUUGCAAAUCGAAGCAUUACUCAAUCGAUCUCAUAGCUGCUGGCAGCGCUUAAGCUAUUCCUGUCGUUCCUCAAGACUAUUCAAUUCGCCUUCCGAGGUUGGCAAUUUCCGUCCGUUUUCGUGGUGGAUAUCACGAAAUAAUCAGCCCAUGGACUAUUGGGCAGGUGCCUUGCCUGGCUCGAGGAAAUGUGAAUGUGGUAUUCUCGGCAAAUGUCAUGAUCCAACCAAAUGGUGUAAUUGUGAUUCCAAUUCCUUGGAAUGGACAGAGGAUGGCGGUGAUAUCAGAGAGAAGGAACAUUUACCUGUGCGUGCAGUGAAAUUUGGCGACACUGGCACUCCAUUGGAUGAGAAACAGGGUAGAUAUACCCUGGGCCCAUUGCGCUGUGAGGGCGACGAUCUAUUUAGCAAUGUGGUGACAUUCCGGAUAGCCGAUGCUUCGAUAAACUUACCUCCAUUUGAUAUGGGUCAUUCGGGUGAUAUUUAUUUGGAAUUCCGUACUACCCAAGAGAAUUCAGUGAUCUUCCAUGCCACCGGACCAUCCGAUUACAUCAAAUUAAGUCUCAUCAAUGGCAAUAAAUUGCAAUUCCAAUAUCAGGCCGGAAGCGGUCCACUUGGAGUCAAUGUGGGCACCAGCUAUCAUUUGAAUGAUAAUAAUUGGCAUACAGUCAGUGUGGAGAGGAAUCGCAAAGAGGCUCGCUUGGUGGUCGAUGGUUCGAUCAAGGCCGAAGUGCGUGAGCCACCAGGUCCGGUGCGAGCUCUUCACUUGACCUCCGAUUUGGUUAUAGGAGCUACCACUGAAUACCGUGAUGGUUAUGUUGGAUGCAUUCGUGCUUUGUUAUUAAAUGGUAAAAUGGUCGACCUUAAGCAAUAUUCCAUGCGUGGCCUCUAUGGCAUCAGCACAGGCUGUGUGGGUCGCUGUGAGUCCAGCCCGUGUCUUAAUAAUGGCACUUGCAUUGAACGUUAUGAUGGCUAUAGUUGCGAUUGCCGUUGGAGCGCCUUCAAAGGACCCAUUUGUGCAGAUGAAAUUGGCGUUAACUUGCGCUCCAGUUCGAUUAUACGUUAUGAAUUUGAAGGCUCUUUCCGUUCCACUAUUGCCGAAAAUAUACGCGUUGGCUUUACCACAACCAUUCCAAAGGGUUUCCUAUUAGGUUUCUCAUCAAAUCUCACUGGCGAAUAUCUAACCAUACAGAUUUCCAAUUCGGGACACUUGCGUUGCGUAUUCGACUUUGGUUUCGAACGUCAGGAGAUAAUAUUUCCGAAAAAGCAUUUUGGUCUAGGUCAAUAUCAUGAUCUUCAUUUUAUGCGAAAGAACAGCGGCUCGACAGUGGUCCUUAAAGUGGAUAAUUAUGAGCCAGUUGAAUAUAAUUUCGAUAUUAAAGCCUCGGCAGAUGCUCAAUUCAAUAAUAUUCAAUAUAUGUAUAUUGGUAAAAACGAAUCAAUGACCGAUGGUUUUAUUGGUUGUGUGUCGAGAGUGCAAUUUGAUGAUAUAUAUCCAUUGAAACUGAUGUUCCAACAGAAUCCACCGAGUAAUGUGAAAUCUUUGGGCACCCAACUAACUGAAGACUUUUGUGGCGUCGAGCCAGUAACUCAUCCACCCAUUGAAAUCGAGACAAGGCCACCGCCUCUGGUCGAUGAGGAGAAACUGCGCAAGGCCUACAAUGAAGUGGAUUCUGUAUUAUUGGCAUGCCUUUUGGUUAUACUAUUCCUCUUGCUUAUUUUAAUGUUCUUCCUGAUUGGCCGCUACUUGCAUAGGCAUAAAGGUGACUAUUUAACGCACGAGGAUCAGGGAGCCGAUGGUGCCGAUGAUCCCGAUGAUGCUGUACUCCAUUCCACCACUGGCCAUCAAGUCAGAAAGCGGACAGAGAUUUUCAUUUAAUUUGAAAUCUAUUUACAACGCAUAGAAGACACAAAAUAAACUAUACACAUACACACACACACACACAUGACAAACACAUACACACACAUGUAAACAGCCUUAGACAACGACUCAGACUCUCACCAAAAAGAAAAAAAUUCACAAAAGAACGAUUAUUGGAAAAUCGCGAUUUUUCCAUUUUCCACUGCCAAUUGUUUUUAGGCAUGAUUUCGUUUCAACUUUUUUGUUUGUUUUCUUUGGUUUCGUUUAAUGUAUGUUGACGGCACUUUGACCUUAUAAAAAAAAAGAAACAACCCGUCCAUUUUGAUUUAGUUCUUUAGUUGUUUUUACAUUUUCUUUUCUUUACCAAAUUAAGUGAAAUAAAUUUAUUUUGUAAUAUUUUUGUAUAACAUUUAAACACCUAAACAUAUAUACAUACACUUACCACACACACAGUCACACACAAAAAAAAACAUUCCAUUAUAUUUAAAAAAUA